AUGGGGGAUCAUAUGCCCACGGAGCAAUGGGAAGCAGAAGCGUCGCCGCAGGUGGAGGUGGUUGCCUCCACCAAGUCCUUCCGUCAGCUGGCGAAGUGUCGGCCCCACGAUGGCGACCGCAUCCUGGAGAUCGGCUGCUGCUUCGGCCAGUGCACGGUGAUCCUGGCGGAGCGCGCCACGGAGGUUUUGGCUUUGGACACCUCCAAGGAGUGCGUGCAGCUGACCUCACAGCGCCUGGAAGAGAUGGAGCUGGAUUGCGCUCGCAGCGAACGGCUUGAUGUGCUAGCUCAUCCAGAGCUUUUGAGGAUCCUGGCCUCCUGCGACCCGCCCUUCUCUGCGGUCUUCGCAGACAUCGGGGGCAACCGGGAGCUCGCGCAUGUGGUGGAGCUGCUUCAACUCUUGGCCUCCACCUCCCAGCACUUGCGAUACGUUGCGGUGAAGAGCGACGCCCUUGCCGCUGAGCUGGACCGUGCAAAAGACCAAAAGCACUGCUGGGAGGAGCUAUCGGGCGCCUCAGCUCUUGGAACGCAUAGGCAAACGAACGGAGAGAGUGAGACCGCCGGCAGGAGAUGGACAGAUGGGAGCUCACUCGGUCCUUCGUUCGGCCGGCGAAGCGCCGCCGACGCAUGCAAGAGAUCUUGCAGCGGCCUGUGCGAAGGACGGCGGAGGGCAAAGAGAUUUGCCGUUUCGCCAACUAUGGCCACUGCUCCAAGGAGGACUGCCGCUACGAUCACAGCUGCUGCCACAACUGCGGGGAGCUGGGGCACUUCGCCAGAGCGUGCGAACGCCCAAAGCCCACGGAGGUGUCUGGCGAGGAGACCUACAGCCAGUGUUCAGAGGUGGUGGAGCGACUGUGCGCGGCACUUCGUGCGGGCGGCACGUCGAUGCCGCUGGAGCUCCACGAGCACCGAGAUCGAGCACCGCGACGACGGGGCCUUCAAGCGCUACGUUCCCGGCCCAAAGACUGGCGGGUUCGCCCGGGGCUCCUUCAUCGCUUGGCGCCGCCACGAGCGGGUCCGCGAGUCGGCGCUCAGCGUGGAUUCCAUCCAGGAGCUGUACGACUUCCAGGAAGUCGUGGGCGAAGGAGGCUUCGGCACGGUGCACCGUGCGCGGCAUCGGCGCACAGGCGAGUUUGUGGCGAUCAAGUCCAUCGGGAAAUCCAAGCUGGAGGACGAGGAGAUGUUGCAGCUGGAAGUGGAGUUCCUGAAGUUGUCUGAUCAUCCAAACACUGUGCGCUACUACGAAACCCUCGAGGACGCUAGCGACAUCCAUCUCGUCAUGGAGAUGUGCUCUGGUGGGUCCUUGUCGGAGUACAUUCAGACGGCCCACGACUCGUAUGGCCCCGGCGUUUCAGAGGACGAGCUUUGCAGAAUUACUGUGCAGAUGCUGCAGGGCGUCGCCUACUGCCACGCGCACGCGGUGGCCCAUAGAGAUAUCAAGCCUCAGAACUUGCUCUUCAGCUGUGGCAAGCCUGGCAAGGGCAGUGCUAUCCCAAUAGCGUGCUCCGGGCACGGGGAUGCCCCCUUGAAGUUGGUGGACUUCGGCAUCGCGGGAGUCUGCAGGACUGACCGACCAGAGAAGCGCCUGCUGACUAAGUGCGCGGGCACUCUCGGCUACAUGGCGCCGGAGGUCUUUGGCUCUCGGCCCUACGAUGGGAGGUCCGCUGACAUAUUUUCCAUCGGCGCUGUGAUGCACCACAUGAUCGUGGGCGUGCCACCCAGCUGGCAGUCCAAGCCUACAACUUCUCGGGGAAAAUGCGGUACAAGCAGUUCUCAGAAGAUUGUCAGUCGCUGCUCGAGCAUUUGUUGCAUGAAGAGCCUGAGAUGCGGCCUACAGCUGCCGAGGCAUUGCAGCACCCCUGGUUCCAGCAGACCAAGAGUCAUCCCGUUGACGGGGAGAUCGAGUCCUUGCUGGAGAGGUGCUUCAGGAGAAUGCACGACUUUUGCCAGCGAUCCCAGCUGCAGAAGACAAUCAUGUACAGCAUGGUGGCCUUCGCGCCGCUUCACAACCACCACAUGGAGCAGCUGCGCACUGCUUUUCUUUUUGCAGAUCGAGGUAGAUCCGCCGGGAUCAGCUGCUUCGAGUUUGUGGAGCUGGGGCGAAAGCACAGCGCCUUUUCCCCGGCGGAGCUGCGCCGCAGCUUCGCCGUGGCCAACGUGUCGAGGAGCGGCAAGCUCUCGUACUGCGAGUGGUUAG